GUUGUGGUUGUUUUAAAACGAAAUAAGAAUGACUAUUUGGCAUUCCUAUUGACGUUAUCGACAUUUAUCGAAAAUAAUUUUGAAUUCCCCAUUUUGAAACGAAUAUGGUAACGACAUGGGAACAUUCGUUCCUUGUCGUUGUAGUAAUUGAGAGCCAAAUAAAAACGAACGCGAUUACUUGACGUGAAUUUUAGUGUGCGAAAUGAAAAAAUUUCCUGCGUAUGCCAAAGGGUUAAGAAAGGUGAUAAAACCAUUGAAUUUCGAUACUUUGUGAGCAUUUCCAGGAUAUUUGGGAAUUGGUGUUUUUCCUAUUGCUAAAUUUAUUGGUUUACGCAGUACUAUACAUGGGCCAAUAAUAAGUUCACAAGAAGGAAGCGUGGUGAGGAUGUAGUUGGACAUCCAGGCAUAAAAAAGAUGCAGCUUUAGGUAGAGUCUACGGUGUCCAUCCUUCUCAAUCCGAGUGUUUCUAUCUUAGGAUGUUGCUACGUCACGUACGGGGCCUAACCUUAUUCCAGUACUUAAAAACCUUUGACGGAGUUCUCAAAGAAACAUAUCAAGCUACUUGCCGUGCUAGAGGUUUGCUAGAAAACGAUGACCAUUGGGAAAAUACUCUCAGAGAAGCUUUGCUUUCUCAAUGUUUACAACAGAGAAUUAUUUGUAGUCAUACUUUCAUUUUGUCAGCCAUCGGAACAAUUAAAAUUAUGGGACAUUUUUAAAGACGAUUUAUGUGAAGAUAUUAGACACAGAAUCCGACAGCAAAAUCUUAACUUCACGUUACCAUACAAUGCGGAAAUUUACAACCAAGGUUUCAUACAAAUAGAAAAUAAACUGAUGCAAUUAAGUGACAAAAGCCUAAGUGACUAUGGAUUACCAUGUUCAGUUCGUACAGAAAAUAAUGGAGCAGAGACAAUAACUAAUCACUAUGAUACAAAUAAUUUGACCGCUUUUGUAAAUGAAAACCUGCCAAAAUUAGUCCCUGAUCAAAAAUAUGCUUUUCAAACUAUCAUCGAUAGCGUCAUUAAUGACAAAAGAAAAGUUUUCUUUUUGGAUGCACCCGGUGGAACAGGAAAGACGUUUCUUGCUAAUUUGAUACUUGCUAAGAUAAGAGAAUCGGGAAAGAUAGCAAUACCAGUUGCUUCCUCAGGAAUUGCUGCAACUCUCUUGACAGAUGGAAAAACAGCCCAUUCUACUUUUAAACUUCCGCGAUCCGUAAAUCUAGAGCAACAAUCUACAUGUUCUAUCCGCAAAAAUGGGCCUCUUGGUAAAUUACUACAAGACGCCUCAUUGAUUAUGUGGGACGAAUGCACGAUGAGCCAUAGAGCACAUAUAGAGGCCGUGAACAGAACUUUACAGGAUCUAAGGAACUCCUCUGCAGUCAUGGGCGGGAUUACUUUUGUUUUUGCGGGAGAUUUCCGACAAACUCUCCCCGUUAUGAACAGAGGUACGCGAGCAGAUAUCAUCAAGGCAUGCUUGAAAUUGUCACCAUUAUGGGCUUCAAUUGAAACAUUAAAAUUACGAACGAAUAUGAGAGCUCAUGUUCAUAGAAUCACUGAUAGCGAUUUUCCAUAACAACUAAUAAAACUUGGAGAAGGAAUCUUUUCCACUCCAAAUUUAAGCGGUGAUUGUGACAUUCUUCUGGAUGAGUCUCUAGGUCAAAUACUCCAUAAUUUAGAAAACUUAAUAGGCGCUAUUUACCCUGAUAUCGACAAUUUGCAUGAGAAAGAUUUUCAUUGGCUAUGUUCUAGGGCUAUAGUGUCACCUAAGAAUGAUACUGUUAAUGAAAUAAACAAUCUAAUAGUUAAAAAAGUCCCCGGCCAAAUAAAAACAUACAAAUCGAUCGACACUGGGACUAAUAUCGAAGACGCAGUCCAUUAUCCACAGGAAUUUUUAAAUUCGUUGAACCCUUCUGGACUGCCACCACAUGCGUUGUCGUUAAAAAUCGGAAUCCCAAUAAUGCUUUUAAGAAAUUUAAGCCCUCCGAACAUGUGUAAUGGGACGAGGCUGCUUAUUAAAGAGUUAAAGGACAAUUUAAUUGUAGCAACUAUUAUCACUGGCCCAGCAGCUGGUCAACUGGCUCAUAUACCGAGGAUACCGAUGAUCCCGACUGAUCUGCCAAUCCCAUUUAAACGGCUUCAAUUUCCGGUAAAAACAUCUUUCGCAUUAACAAUUAACAAGUCCCAAGGCCAAACCUUUGAAUUGGUAGGGAUCGUUCUGCGAAAGAAAUGUUUUACUCAUGGUCAACUGUAUGUUGGACUAUCGCGGGUCAGAGCCCCUUGAAAACAGUUUAUUUUGUUGCCACAAAAUAAAACAACAUCAAAUAUUGCUUACAG